AUGCCAGUACCUCUCUGGAAACCUCUGGCAACCCCUGAUACCACAUGGCACUCCCCGUUAUCACCCGGGCACCCUUCCGGCAACCUCCGGUACCACCCGGGCAUCGCCGAUACCCCCUGGAAGUCCCUGGCAAUCCCCGCCUCUUGGAAGCUCUCGGCAACCCUGAACAAUCCGCGAUACCCCCCCGCCCCGUUAACCCCCGGUCACCCGCCGUUAACCCCCGGUCACCCGCCGUUACCCCCGGCACCUCUGGGGCACUCAUCGGUAUCCUCCUGGAAACCCCCGGUAGACCCAAACAACCCUCAGGCACUGCCCGAGCACAGACACGGCCUCCGGCGGCAGAAGAGGGACUGGGUCAUUCCCCCUAUCAACUGCCCUGAGAACGACCGGGGGCCCUUCCCCAAGAAGCUGGUGCAGAUCAAAUCCAACAAGGACAAGGAGACCAAGGUUUUCUACAGCAUCACAGGACAAGGAGUGGACGCUAUCCCUAUGGGCAUCUUCAUCAUCGAACGGGAGACAGGGUGGCUGGAGGUGACGAAGCCUCUGGACCGUGAGGAGAAGGAUAAAUACAUACUCUAUGCCCAUGCUGUGUCAGCCAACGGGCAGGCUGUGGAGGACCCCAUGGAGAUCAUCAUCACCAUCACUGACCGAAAUGACAACCCACCCAUCUUCUCCCAGGCAGCUUUCCAUGGCUCUGUGCCAGAGGGAGCUGAGCCAGGCACGCCAGUGCUGCGGGUGCUGGCCACUGAUGCAGACGAUGCUGUAAGCUCCAACAACGGAGUCGUGGUCUAUUCCAUCCUGAGCCAGGCACCGGAGCAGCCCCAGCCCCGCAUGUUCACCAUAGACAGCAGCUCCGGGCUGAUCUCUGUGGCCGUGCCAGGGCUAGUGGCAGAGGUGGUCCCUGAAUAUACGCUGGAGAUUCAGGCAGCCGACAUGGGGGGACACGGGCUGCAAGCCACCACCACAGCCCGCAUCACAGUGCAGGCUGACAGCAUGUCCGAUGCGGGAAACGGCUCCCUGACCACCCACGUGCUGAACACAGUCACGGGGCUGCCGGCAGCUGGCCUUGUCAUCCGCCUGGACCAGCUGGUGGAGCCAGGGCCACAGUGGAGGGAGCUGGCACAAAGGUACACGGACACGGAUGGGCGCUGCCGGCCCCUCCUGGCAGCGGGACAGGCCAAGGCCGGCACCUACAAGCUGCGCUUUGAGACAGCACCGUAUUGGCAGGGGCUGGGGCACACCACCUUCUACCCCUAUGUGGAGGUCAUCUUCACCAUUACUGAUCCAGCACAGAAGCUUCAUGUCCCACUGCUGAUCAGCCCCUACUCCUACACAACGUACCGGGGCAGUUAGGGGGGCACAGCCUCCCCUCAGGGAUGCAGGAACAAUGCCACUAAUGCCAUUAAAGGCUCCAAACACCA